AGGCUGUUGCCCCGCCGACUUCCUUCCUCUCCAGACAAGAUGGCGGGGGGCGAGGCGGGCGUGACUCUCGGCCAGCCGCAUCUUUCUCGCCAAGAUCUCGCUACCUUGGAUGUUACCAAAUUGACGCCACUUUCACAUGAAGUUAUCAGCAGACAAGCCACAAUUAAUAUAGGUACAAUUGGUCAUGUAGCUCAUGGGAAAUCCACAGUUGUAAAAGCUAUUUCUGGAGUUCACACUGUCAGGUUCAAAAAUGAACUAGAAAGAAAUAUUACAAUCAAGCUUGGAUAUGCUAAUGCUAAGAUUUAUAAACUUGAUGACCCAAGCUGUCCUCGGCCAGAAUGUUACAGAUCCUGUGGAAGUAGUACACCUGAUGAGUUUCCUACAGACAUUCCGGGGACCAAAGGGAACUUCAAAUUAGUCAGACAUGUCUCCUUUGUUGAUUGUCCUGGCCAUGAUAUUUUGAUGGCCACUAUGCUGAACGGUGCAGCAGUGAUGGAUGCAGCUCUUCUGUUGAUAGCUGGUAAUGAGUCUUGUCCUCAGCCUCAGACUUCUGAACACCUGGCUGCUAUAGAAAUCAUGAAACUGAAGCAUAUUUUGAUUCUACAAAAUAAAAUUGAUUUGGUAAAAGAAAGCCAGGCUAAGGAACAGUAUGAACAGAUCCUUGCAUUUGUACAAGGUACAGUAGCAGAAGGAGCUCCUAUUAUUCCAAUUUCUGCUCAGCUGAAAUACAAUAUUGAAGUUGUCUGUGAGUACAUAGUAAAGAAAAUUCCAGUACCCCCAAGAGAUUUCACUUCAGAACCCCGACUUAUUGUUAUUAGGUCCUUUGAUGUCAACAAACCCGGCUGUGAAGUUGAUGACCUUAAGGGUGGUGUGGCUGGUGGUAGUAUUCUUAAAGGAGUGCUAAAGGUGGGCCAGGAGAUAGAAGUCAGACCUGGUAUUGUUUCCAAAGAUAGUGAAGGAAAACUCAUGUGUAAACCAAUCUUUUCCAAAAUUGUGUCACUGUUUGCGGAACAUAAUGAUCUUCAGUAUGCUGCUCCAGGAGGUCUUAUUGGAGUUGGAACAAAAAUCGACCCCACUUUGUGCCGGGCUGACAGAAUGGUGGGACAGGUACUCGGUGCAGUUGGAGCUUUGCCUGAGAUCUUCACAGAAUUGGAAAUCUCCUAUUUCCUGCUUAGACGGCUUUUAGGUGUACGCACCGAAGGAGACAAAAAAGCAGCAAAGGUGCAAAAGUUGUCUAAGAAUGAAGUGCUCAUGGUGAACAUAGGAUCCCUGUCGACUGGAGGAAGAGUCAGUGCAGUCAAGGCCGAUUUGGGCAAAAUCGUUUUGACUAAUCCUGUUUGCACAGAAGUAGGAGAAAAAAUUGCCCUGAGCCGAAGAGUUGAGAAACACUGGCGUUUAAUUGGUUGGGGUCAAAUAAGAAGAGGAGUGACAAUCAAGCCCACAGUAGAUGAUGACUGAAAGAAGAAUUUGGACCAAGUCAAAUUUUCUAUUAACAACCUGAGGGUAUAUUUUCAAAGCAAGGCUGGGGGAUAGAUUUUACCUUAGUAGUUGUUACUCUCAUCUUCUUGGUGAUGAAAAUGUAACCCCCAGUAGUGAAAUAGGGUCUACAAUAAAUGCAAAAAUUAUUGGAUUGAAUCUACCAGAAAUUGAUCACUCCAAAAUCGUGUCUAAUUUAUAUAUCGUUGCAGGUGUGACAUGAAACUGUUUGCUACACCAGCUUUUGCUGUAGCACAUGUACAACCAAACCUGUUUGAAAUAAAACUGUUCUCAUUUUCAUUAUUCAUCAUUGAGUAGCUAUAGGCUUGAAAGUACUUGUUAUAUCAGUAAAAACUUGAAGGUACAAAAUUUUGAAGACCAGCUUCCCUUUGCUUCAUAUUUUAUGUUGCUUUAUCUUUGCAGUUAUGAGUAAAAAGAAAUUCAUAGGUUCAAAUAAAAUUAUCCUUAGAGCAUGA